UUCACAUUAAGCUGUACAGGCGAAGUUCACGUCUUGACUCCUGUGAGAAGAAGAAGCACCGUGGAAAAGAGGCUGGAUGGUGACUUCGCGAGGAAAACGUGGAUGGUCAAACAAAAAACGCCAGUCGAGGAAGUAAAUGGGAGUUUAUGCCCUUUUAUCAUUUUUUCAUGCACUUCUCCAAGCCUCAAGAAGGAGCUUGAAUCGUAAGGCCGACGUCUCAACAAUCUUAACCGAUUGAAAGGAGCUUUCUGUGGAGUUUGACGAGAUCAACAUCCGCUACCAUCAUAUACCAACUACGGAUAUACUUAGUGACACGACCAUGGAUUAAGACAUCUGCCUAUAUCUACAUUUCAUUGUUGACCGAGGCAUAUGGAUUCGGAUGUACUCAUUGAAAUCGAUUUUGGGCUCUCCAAGGUGCAGGCGUUCCAUGAGAAGCCAUACGAAUAAGGCGUUUAAUGUGUCGAACGAUAGAAUAAGCUAGAUACAUUGUAUUUUGUGGUAAGACACAUUGUGUGUUUUUGGCUUUGAGACCUUUAGAUGAGUGGAUGUUACAAUUUUGCACCAACGCCUUAAACAUUGGUUACUGUCGUGUCAUUCAGUAGCUGCGGACAGCAAUACUGAAGACCAAAUAACUGGCUCUUAUUCAUUUGACUGGUUCUUUAAGGAUACACGGCUAAUUAUCAGACGUUAAACACUUGCCUUGGUUCUGGACUUUGUGAAACGUAAUUGUUACGUUUUCUCUACACAGGCAAAAUGUCCUUUUUUAAUUUUCGGAAAAUCUUUAAACUGGGAACUGAAAAGAAAAAGAAACAAUACGAACACGUUCACAGAGACUUGAAUCCGGAGGAGGAGUGGGAGAUUGUAGGAGAACUGGGCGAUGGAGCCUUUGGCAAAGUGUACAAGGCCCAGAACAGGCAGACGAAUGUGUUGGCCGCUGCUAAAGUGAUCGACACCCAGACAGAGGAGGAGCUGGAGGACUACAUGGUGGAGAUCGACAUCCUGGCAUCAUGUGACCAUCCCAAUAUUGUCAAGCUCCUAGAUGCCUACUACUACCUGAACAAGCUAUGGAUCCUGAUUGAGUUCUGUGGGGGAGGAGCGGUGGAUGCUGUAAUGCUGGAGCUGGAGCGGCCAUUGACGGAGCCCCAGAUCCGUGUGGUGUGUAAGCAGACUCUAGAGGCACUCCAGUAUCUCCAUGACAACAAAGUCAUCCAUCGCGACCUGAAGGCUGGGAAUAUCCUCCUCACCAUUGGCGGAGAGAUCAAGCUGGCUGACUUUGGUGUGUCUGCUAAGAACACAAAAACCCUUCAGCGGAGAGAUUCCUUCAUCGGGACACCAUACUGGAUGGCCCCUGAGGUGGUGAUGUGUGAGACCUCUAAAGACCGGCCGUAUGACUAUAAGGCAGAUAUCUGGUCCCUGGGCGUCACCCUGAUCGAGAUGGCCGAGAUCGAGCCCCCCAACCAUGAGCUCAACCCCAUGAGGGUGCUUCUGAAGAUCGCCAAGUCCGAACCCCCCUCACUUAUGAAACCGUCGAGAUGGUCAGCAGAGUUUAAAGACUUCCUGCGUAAGUGCCUGGACAAGAACAUGGACAACCGGUGGACUACAGCUCAGCUGCUGCAGCAUCCAUUUGUUGUGAGUGUGGUGGAUAAUAAGCCCAUGAGAGAGCUGAUUGCAGAGGCCAAAGCUGAGGUCACUGAGGAGAUUGAAGAGGGCAAAGAGGAGGAAGAGGAGGAUGACACGGACCCACUGCUGGUGGUGCCUAGCCACAAGCGUGCCUUGUCGGAUGCCAGCGCCGGCAGCUCAGAGGACGAGAGGGGCAUCCCUAGCCCUGCCCCCUUGGAUGCCGUCUCUGAGAUGGCAGAGCCCGAGCCACAACCCUAUCAGGUCAAAGGUCAUGAGGAGAAGGAGGUGGUGGUCAUGGAGACACCUGCUGGAACUGAGGAGGAAGUGCAGGCCAGGGCAGAAGAUGAGGACAAAGACCAACCAGAAGCAGUCCCAGAAGUACAGGACACUGUACCGGUCAUCAGUGAGACUGAGGAGAAAGACAAGAAGAUUGAGAUCAAUGAGAGAAAGAGUGAAGAAAAGGAGGAGGAAGAGGAGAAGAAGAGAGAGAAGAUAGAGAAGAAGGUGGAAGAAGAAAAGGAGGCUGAUGUGAGUGAAGAGGUGAAGGCUGAGGUGAAAGAGGUAGAGGAAGAAGAGGUGAUGAAGGAAGAUGAUGAAGUGAAUGGGGAGGAAGAACAGAAAGAAUUAGAGAUGGAGAACAAUGAGGAGAAGGAAGAAACAGUGAUUGAGAAACUUCCUCCGCUUUCCGAUGCCUCAGAACGGGCAGACGCCGAGACAGGAGAAGAGAUCAACCAUAAGCCUGAGGAACCGGUAGACAAGCCAGCAGAACCACAGGAACCUGAAGAACAGAAGCCUGAAGUGGAAACUGCAGCUGAGCCAGCGGAACAGUCCGACAGCAUUUCUGCAGAGCCCAAAGAACUGCCCACAGAACCAAGUACUGGAGGGUCCGAGAAACUGGACAGCACAACAGAAACCAAGAAAGACAAAGAAGAAGAAGAGGAAGAGAAGGAUGCUAAAGAGGAACCAGCUGAAGGAGGUGAACUCUCCUCAGAUGGAGCUGCAGCAGCAGUGGAGUCCACAGAGAACCCCUCAGAGGCCAUCUCUCAGGAGGAGGUUCAGGGAGCAGAGGAGGUUCAGGGAGCAGAGGAAGAGGUGGUGAAGGGAGAGGAGGAAGAGAAGGAAGAGAAAGAGGUAGAGAAUGACAAGUCUCCAGACCUAGGAAAGGUUGCCGACGAGGAAAAGAAGGAGUCACUGACAGAGCCGCCAGCAACGUCAGUAACAGAUGUUCCCCCGGUGAUUGUUGUCGAGGGCGAUGAGGGCAUUCAGACCACGGUGACAAAAGUUGAGGAGGAGAAGGAAAAAGAGAAGGAUUCUGAUUCAGGGAACAGCUCGGCUGCUGACACCAACAGCAUUGACAUCAACCUGUCCAUAUCCAACUUCCUGUCCAAAAACAAGGAUGGCUCCGUCUCCAUACAGGACACCAGACGUCAGAAAAAGACCCUGAAGAAGACUCGCAAGUUCAUGGUGGACGGUGUAGAGGUCAGCGUGACCACUUCCAAGAUCGUCACCGACAACGACACCAAGAGUGAAGAGCUGCGCUUCCUCAGGCGACAGGAGUUGCGUGAGUUGAGACUUCUUCAGAAGGAGGAGCAGAGAGCCAUGCAGCAGCUCAACAACAAACUCCAGAUGCAGAGGGAGCAACUCUUCAGGCGCUUUGAACAGGAGACCACUGGUAAAAAGCGUCAAUAUGAGCAGGAGCUGGAGACCUUGGAGAAGCAGCAGAAGCAGUCCAUCGAGCGCCUGGAGCAGGAGCACACCAGCCGCCUGAGGGACGAGGCCAAGCGCAUCAAAUCAGAGCAGGACAAGGAGCUCGCCAAGUUCCAGAACAUGCUUAAGAACCGCAAGAAAGAGGUGAAACAGGAAGUAGGCCAGUCCCCCAAACAUAUGAGAAAAGAGCUACUCAAGCGCUUAAAGGAAGACCUAGCAAUCGCACAGCAUGAAGAGGAACAAGAGUUUCUGCAGCGACAGCAGCAAGAGUUGGAUGCAGCCCUGAAGAGGAUCAUCCAGCAGCACAAACAUGAGCUUGCCACCAUUGAGAGAGACUGCCUCAACAACAAACAACAGCUCAUGAGAGCCCGUGAAGCAGCAAUGUGGGAGCUGGAGGAGCGCCACCUUCAGGAGAAACACCAGCUGCUCAAACAGCAGUUGAAGGACCAGUACUUCAUGCAGAGACACCAGCUGCUCAAGAGGCAUGACAAGGAGAUGGAACAGAUGGCUGGCUAUAACCAGCGUUUGAUGGAGGAGAUGAAGAACAAGCACACCCAGGAGAAGGGCCGUCUGCCCAAGAUCCAGCGCAGUGAGGCCAAGACCCGCAUGGCCAUGUUCAAGAAGAGCCUCCGCAUCACGGGCACCGGCACGCCCGAACAAGACCGCGACAAGAUCAAACAGUUUGCAAUCCAAGAGGAGAAGAGGCAGAAGAAUGAACGGCUUCAUCAGCAGCAGAAACACGAGAACCAGAUGAGGGACCUCCAGCUCCAGUGUGACUCCAACAACAGAGAACUUCAGCAGCUACAGAAUGAAAAGUGCCACCUGCUGGUGGAGCACGAGACUCAGAAGCUGAAGGAGCUGGAUGAGGAGCAUGGCCACGAGCUCAAAGAGUGGAGAGAGAAGCUGAGACCACGCAAGAAGGCCCUGGAGGAGGAGUUCAGCAGGAAGCAGCAGGAACAGGACGUGUUCUUCAGCACCAGCGGCGACUCCGAGUGCCUGAACCCCAGUGCCCAGAGCAGGGUGUCCAAGUUCUACCCAGUCCCAGGGGCCCACUCCUCUGGGUCCUAACCAACACACCCACACACACACAUACAUAUACACACACACACACACACACAUACAUAUACACACACACACACACACACACACAUACUGAGGGUUCCAUGGGUUCCUGCAUCAUUGACAAUCCUGGGAGCUUUGUCACAGAUAUGCCCAUUCCACUCUGAAGCUGCAGAAGCUCAAUCAGUGCCACCACCCUCACAUCCACAAACGAUGAUGCUCCUGAACACGCUCCGCUGAAUCUUCGGAGUUUCCUAGGCCAUUCAUUACUGAGUGACUGACUGUGUGAACCAUGUUAACAUGCUCCCUGCUCCUUGCUUACUGAUGGGCUCUUAGCAUCAGGGGCAUGCUGAAGGUGACAGAUCAGACCCAAGCAGACUGAAACCCAACAAGACAAUUCCAGCCCUGAUCAAACCAGCCGAGAGCCAACCAGACACAACCUGACCUGAUUGGAUAAAAGCAGGCCCAACCUAAGCAGACCUUGUCCGACCUGAUCAGGCAACACAAAACCAGAGUAGGUGGACUACAUUAGAAUGCACCCAAUCUUCCCAAACGGCUCAGGCAAUGCAGUGGAACAGCUACUUUAGAGACGCCUUUCAGUUCAAGUUCAGUCCCUAUUCCUCAGUUCCAAGAGGGAAGUCAGUGCCUCAAAUGUGUGUUUUGUCCAUGUUGGUGUGUGUGUGUGUUUUUAUGUGUGUUUGUGAUGUGAUGUGGUGUGAUGUAUGUAUGUAUGUAUGUAUGUAUGUAUGUAUGUAUGUUGUACUAUGUUGUGUUCCCAGGUUUGUUUGUGUGUCUGUACGUGUAGGUUAGUGUAUCAGUCACAGAUGGUCCUAUUCCUGUUUUUGCCCUCCCUUAUGCUGCUCAGUGCAUCUGCUCUGAGGUGGCUGAAACCAUCUAGAAUGUGUACGCUACAGAACGUAACUACGGUAACCGCUCCGUGCUCGGAUGAAUCACAAGACUCUGAAGGACACUAUUUGUUGUUACCCAAAGGAACUGGACUGCACAAAACAUGAAGUGCUCGUUGGUGCUUUAAACGUGAUGGUGUGCGAUUCAAAUGAAGUUGUUUAUGUAAUAGUUGAUGCAUGUUCCCUUCGAGUGGGUGUGACCAUGACUAAUCGCACCGUUGCUAUGAUGACGAGCAGCCAUUCCCAGCACAGUGGACACGUCAAGUGUGUUUCCAUGGAUACAGAAUGAUGUGAGUAUUGCUGUUGAAUAUCCUACUGGUAUAUAUCCUAAUGGUAUGUGAUUAUUAUUUUUUUUUUUUCAAAAGAACCUUAAAUCUCCAAGGUUGGAUCAAAACAAAAUGAAGCACUUUGGAACUUGAGUGUUCUUCAGUAACUUUCCGAUUAUAGUCCUGGGUUUGGAGAUGGUAAUGAACUUCGGUGGAAUGUAUUAUUGCACUCUUUCAACCCAUCUGAGAAUAUGCAGUAUGAAGGUCUUGUGCAUUUAAAAGGCAUGUAUGCCUAGAUAGAUUGCUAGCUUAUCUUGGCCACUUUCUCUUGAAAUGAUUUUUAGCACAUAUCUGCUUAAUGCACACAAGCUUUUGAUGAAGGACAUGGGAGAGUAUGUGGUGAUAGUGGAUGUGUAAUUUUAAUGUAAAACCUUCAUUUUUAUUUUUAAAAUCUGAUCGUAUUUUAUUACUGCUGUUACUUGUCUGACUUUUAUCCCAUUGAAUGUUUGACAAUGAAUGAUGUCAUGCUGAUUUGCUGAUCAUGGGCACUUGUGAUGGCUUAAAGGAAGAAACUGUCUGAAUAUUUUAUGGCUUACCCUGGUCAUUGUCUUACUGUAUGCUGUUUUUUCAAUGAUAAUUAUUUCUUUUGACGUUGGUCUAAAUGGUUACCAUGGCAAAAAAGCCCUGGUGGAGUGUUUUCGGUCACCUCUUCAUGUACUUUCUGAUGUGCUGCUCAAUCAAGAAUUAGCUGCAACUAAUGCAGUCUGGUCAAUAAUGUUUUCCCAGUUUGUACUGAAUAUGCAGUUGUUUUCAUAGUUCUUUAAUCCGUCUGACCAUAGUUAAGAAAUGGGCUUUUUCUGUACUGAGCGCCAGCUGUGCUGAGGGAGCUAUGUUUGAGAGCAGACCGUUGUUGUCAUCGGGGAAUCAUUUGGCCAACCAAUUCUGAGAGAACACUUGAAUAACCCGGAAAGCCAACAGGGAACAAACCCACAUGAAUAUGGUGGGUAAGCUGGAGCUGUGCUUUUAGUCUUCGAUCUGUAUAUUAGCAGAGUCCGAGGCUUGCGUAUUUGGUCUCUCUUCCUGAUGCCGCUCAUGGGACACACUCCCUGUCCUGAAGGCACCAGUCACCAGUCCCCUACGGAGUUCUGCAUGCACACACGUCUGCCACAUGAGGAGCUCUGCAUGACGAGUGCCCUCACUCACACAAACUCUCACACUCUGUAGGUGAUAGGUGAUAUGCUGUGUGUGUGUGUGUGUGUGCGUGUGUGUGUGCAUGUGCGCAUGCGCAUGAGUGAGUGUGUAAAACACAUUAUCUCAGGUAUACUGUUUCUAAAAGCAAUAGUAGCAGUCAGUUUCUUAUUAGAUGAGGUAGAGGAUCGUUGUCUAUCAUUAUCUUGGUCAAUUGAUCUUACUGCAUUAAUGCCACUAGGAAACAGCCGCAUGGGAAGUGUGUGUAUGAGUGUGUAUGUAACUAAUGUAUUUGCAAAUGCAGGUGAUUUGAGGCAAGUUUGUAGAGUGCACUGCACUCCAUUACACUCCCAUUACAAUGAUUGUGUUAAGAAAUGUCUGAUGGCAGAUGGUGUUUUGGAGUAGACCGUGGCCCAGAGCCAAUGCACAUCCAGGCUGGAUUGAUUUGUCAUCAGUUAUCUGGAUUUGUUAUUGCCAUUGCAGAGGUCUCCCAAAUGAUUGGUUCCUACUGGGAACAUGACGGCUGUUUUGUGUGGCAAAACAUUCCGUAUGCAUAUGUGAGGGUAUCCGAGGCUUGCAUACCCAUAUGAUGCUGUACAACUGGCCCGGGGUCUGGCACAAACACACCCACACACAUGAUCUAUGUAUUGGGUUAUGUCCUAGCUGUAUUUUGGAGAGGUCAUGACUAGAAAUGUGACCAGCAUUGUUUACGCUUGGAUAUUUGGAAUGUCUGUUAUGCAUAUUUCAGUUCAGUUAGGGUUCCAUGUAUUGAAGAGGUCUCUCUGGAGAUCACUCAUAAUGCUGUAAAUAAAAUGGUUAUUUUA